GAGAACCAGGUCAUAUGGUCACAUGAUGCAUUACCAGCAAACAGUGGCAGGCAGAUUAGCUGUCUGCGUUUAUAGUAUAAAACUUUGUUGUUUUUAGGGUUCAAAUAGAUAGUCAGAAUGUUGUUAGUGUUAUCUGAAGAGCACAAGGAGCAUCUGGGGUUUUUAGCCGACGUAGACCCAUUGGUUGUUGGUGAGUUUGGCAGAAUUGCUGUGGAGUUUCUGAAAAAGGGCUCAAACCCUAAAAUCUAUGAGGGGGCAGCAAGAAAGCUGAGUGUCCCAGCAGAGACUGUCCAGCAUGGCGUUGAGGGACUGAUGUUUAUUCUUACUGAAAGUUCAAAGCUGAUGAUCUCUGAACUGGACUUUCAGGAUUCUGUGUUGGUGUUGGGUUUUUCAGAGGAGCUCAAUAAACUUCUGCUGCAGCUAUAUUUGGAAAACAGUAAAGAGGUUCGUCGGAUCCUGAGCGGACUCGCCCCAUCUCUGUCUCAUUAUCACAACCUCGAGUGGCGGCUUGAUGUACAGAUGGCCAGCAGGGUGAUGAGACAGCAGGUGAAACCUACAGUCACCCUGAAGCUUCAUUUGGAGAGUGGAGACGCACGAUGCGCUCGGGUUCUACAGACCGAUCCCGCCACACUGCAGCACCUUAUCCAGGAGCUGGAGCGAGCGCUCGCUGAGGUCAAGAGCAACCACUGCCGCCGAAUUCUACGCAACAUUAAAUAGGAUUGUACAGAGAAUGCACACUAGGUGGUGUUAUAGGUCACCUAAAACAGUAAUCAGAAGCACUUCUGUUCUGCACUUCUUUCUACUGAAGUUUAAGCUUGUAGUUAAUGACCUGAUAUGUCAGGUGUGUUGUAACAGGAAAACAUUGCAUUUUGGGACCCAGCACAAGAACACUGAUUGAAGGUUAUAUUAAAUGUUUCAGUGUCAACAGCAGAAAAUAAAACUCACCACAAUUAUGAAAACUUGAAAAUAAAAAAAAGAGAGAGAA